UGUCAGAUGAGUGCGAUGAGCGCGAUGAGUGGAUUAUAAAUAUUAUCCAAUAAGAAUUGUAACCCAACCCGAAACAAAUGCCGGUGUUCUAUAAACAAAGCCAGCUGAUUAAGGUUCAUCAGAAAAAAUGGAUCUCGAUCAGAUUAAAACCGAACUUGACGAUGUAGAGCAACAGAUCCCACGUCAUUUAAUGCAGCGGGACGUUACACCGAACGUUUCUUUUGCAAUGGAUACUGUUGAUUUGACCAAUGAUGAGUAUAUAUGCGAGUUUGAAAACUUCCUCAGAGGCAUUCAAGAUCAUCGAAAACAAAAAAGAGUUCUUCGUCAACAGAAACACAUUGAAGAUGUAAUUCCCCUACAGAUAAUUCACAUGAACCUCGUCAAUUUUUAUCAAGAAGCAUAUGUAGGGUCAUUGUUUGGGAUCGAUUUUAAAAACGUUAUGAUCUACGGACGAAUAAGCCCGGGAGUUGUACGGCAGGAGAAUAACACACAUAUUUACAAACUGGACGACGGAUCCGGAAUAGUUGAUGUACAUUACGCGCAUGGGCUUGUUAGGGAUGUAGAGAAUCUAAUUUCCGCCAAUAAAUGUGAGGAUAUUCUGAAAACACGCAGUCCUCUUAAUGAAGAGCAGGUUCCAGAGAAAUCGGAAGACAAAGAAGAUCUGAAACUCUUGUUAUCAUUGGUGAAAAGUCGCUGCCAGCAACGGUUGGAAUAUUUCACUCUGGGCACUCGAUGUUUCGUUAUUGGUCGACCGUUCCUGAAUCGUUGGGAUCGCGUUUCGGUUUAUGCCUACAGUAUGCAUGCUGACCAUAAUACACCUGGAAGAUCUGCUGAAGUGUUUUGGAAAACACACCUUGCUCUUUGCUAUGAACAGCGAUAUGCUCCCGCCCUCGGGAUUGAUCUAUAAUAGGGGUGGGCAGAACGGCCCUUUUCCAAGAGCGGCUAUGAACCACUCCCUCAUCGUGGCAAACCGAGUCGUUUGAACGAGUCUAUUUCAGUAUUGUUUCGGUUUAAAAAAAACCGUAGUUUAUUUUAUCGUGAGCCGCUCGUUCUUUCGUCCUUCGCCCAUCCCUAUAAAGAAUUUCGAAGCUUUUGAGACUAUUCCAUGUUGUAUAUGAGGUGCGUUUAAUUAAGCCAGAUAGAAACUUAUACAAUUGAGUAAUUUUGAUGUAUAUUUCCGCGCACAUAUUCUAGUUGACAUAGCAUGCCGGUAAAUAAAGAACAUAAC